CCAUAGAGCACUUCCGGCCCGGCGCAGAGCGGCGGCCGGAAGGGGCCGCUCAUUGUUGGCGCUGGAGGACCCGCGAGGAGGCCGCGAACGGUGCCCGGAGCCCCGCGUCAGCGGCGGCGGCGGCGACGACGAAGAUGCCCGACCGGGACAGCUACAACAAUGGCAGCAGCGGCGGCGAUGAGGUGGGCGCUAACGCCGACGACAUCUGCCGCGAUUUCCUGCGCAAUGUCUGCAAGCGGGGGAAACGUUGCCGGUUCCGUCACCCCGACAUCAGCGAGGUCACCAACCUGGGCGUCCGCAAGAACGAAUUCAUCUUCUGCCACGACUUCCAGAACAAGGAGUGCGUCCGCCUCAACUGCCGCUUCAUCCACGGCACCAAAGAGGACGAGGACUGCUACAAGAAGACGGGCGAGCUGCCCCCGCGCCUGCGGCAGAAGGUGGCGGCCGGGCUGGGCCUCUCGCCCGCCGACCUCCCCAACAGCAAGGAGGAGGUGCCCAUCUGCAGGGACUUCUUGAAGGGCGACUGCCAGCGCGGUGCCAAGUGCAAGUUCCAGCACCUGCAGCGGGACUACGAGUACGAGGCGCGAGGCAUGGCCGCCCGUGAGCAGGGCAUCGUGCCCGCCGGCCGCCGCUACGACCCCUACGACGCCAUCUACGACCCCGACCGCUACGAUGACCACGACCCCGUGCUGAAACGGCGGCGGGUGGACGGGCUGCACUUCGAGAGCUAUGAGUACAGCUUCGCCAGCCCGCGGACGGUGGAGUACCGCCUGCUGGAGGAGGAGAACAUCAUGCUGCGCAAGCGCGUGGAGGAUCUCAAGAAGCAGGUGAACAACCUGCUGGCCACCAACGAGGUGCUGCUGGAGCAAAACGCCCAGUUCCGCAACCAGGCCAAGGUGAUGACGCUGAGCUCCACCGCCACCGCCACCGAGCAGACUCUGGCCCCCACCGUGGGCACUGUCACCAACUACAACCACAGCAUCGCGCAGACGCACACCACGCUCAGCAGCCAGGCCCUGCAGCCCCGGCCCGUUUCCCAACAGGAUUUGGUCGCUCCCGCCGGCGCCCAGGCAGCUCCCCCCGCCAACGCCGCUCCCCCCAUGAACCCCGAAAUAACCCCGCUUUCGGCCGCCUUGGCCCAGACCAUCGCCCAGGGCAUGGCCCCCCCCGUCUCCAUGGCGCCGGUGGCCGUCUCGGUGGCGCCGGUGGCCGUCUCCAUGGCGCAGCCGCUGGGGGGGAUCACCAUGAGCCACGCCACCACCCCCAUGGUGACGUACCCCAUCGCCUCCCAGAGCAUGAGGAUAACGGCCAUGCCCCACUGACCCCCCCCGCCGCGGGGGCCGCGAGCCCCCCACUGAACUGAGCCCCCAGGGGCAGCGGGAGGAGGAGGAAGGACAGACCCUCCCCGGACAGUGAUGGCGGCUCCCGGAGAGGUGCAGGAGUGGGGGGUACAGUGACACCCCCUCCCCCCGGGGGCUUUGCUCUUUGGCCUGGCACACCCUGCCCAGGGGUAAGACCUCCCGGGGGGGGGAGUCGGGGCUGCUCCCCCCGUGUAUGAACACAGCCCCCCUGCCCCAUGCCGGGUCUGUGUCCCGGUGG